AUGGACUACGCCAAGAACCCCAGCGACUCGUCGUCGCCGGAGACCCAGAGUACCAUCUCCGGCCACAACUCCAAAGAGCAGUCACCAUCCGAUAAUGACAGCUCGCUUCGGAAUCUGGAGAAGAACUCAUUAGAAUCGACAGAGGAGGUUGUCACAGACGUCCGAAAAGCUAAAGGCGUCUCGACCUGGAAGUGGGUAUUAACUCUGAUAACCGUAUACGUGACUGGCGCUCUAUAUGGACUUGAUACGACCGUUGCCGCAGAUGUUCAAGGAACUGUUCUUGAACAAUUUGGUGAGCCGGAAAAACUGGCCUGGAUUGGAGUCGGAUUUCCUUUGGGUAGUGUUGCCGUUAUCUUGUCAAUGGGAAAAGCAUAUGGAAUUUUCGAUGUGAAAUGGCUAUUCUUCGCAACGGCUGUGAUGUUUGAAGUGGGCAGUGCAAUUUGCGGUGCUGCGCCCAAUAUGAACGCACUCAUCAUCGGAAGAGUUAUUGCUGGUGCCGGAGGAGCUGGUAUAUAUCUGGGUGGAUUGAAUAUCCUGUCUUUGUUGUCUUCCCCACGCGAACGUCCUCUCUACAUUGCAGGAACAGGAGUGUCUUGGGGUGUUGGAACCAUUCUUGGCCCAAUCAUUGGAGGAGCCUUUGCGGAGAGCUCUGCUACCUGGCGCUGGGCAUUCUACAUUAAUUUGGUUAUUUUCGCUGUGACCUGUCCCGUCUACAUAUUCGCCAUCCCAUCGCUUGACCCUCAACCGACACUCAAGCUUUUCCAAAGGUUGGCUGCCGUGGACUGGCUUGGAACUGUUCUCAAUGCUGCGAUUUAUGCUGUUUGGGUUUUAGCCCUCACCUUUGGUGGUGCUGAGUGGGCUUGGGAUGAUGGCCGAACUAUUGCUUGUUUUGUUACUUGCGGUGUUCUCAUCAUACUCUUUGGGCUGCAGCAGCGCUUCAAACAUUUCGCUACUGCCUGCACAACAACAACAAUCUUCGCGCCAGUGUAUUACAUCCCACUCUUUUUCCAAUUCACGAGAGAUGAUGGCGCUAUUUCAGCCGCUGUACGACUGCUUCCUUUUAUCUGCGUUACGAUCUUCUGCAUCAUGUUCAACGGUACGCUUAUGCCAAAAUUCGGAUACUACCAACCGUGGUAUAUCUUUGGAGGCAUAAUGAUUACUAUCGGCGGAGCUUUGAUGUUUACAGUCGAUUCUACUACCGCGACAUCCAAGGUGUACGGAUACAGCGUCAUCUUGGCCAUUGGAACAGGCGUGGCGAACCAGGCCGCAUACUCUGUUACUCCUGUAAAGGUGGCAAUGGACCCGCGCUUCGGGCCGCAAAUGAUUCCUGACGCUAUUGGUUUCAUCAACAUGGCGCAAAUCGGAGCCGCUGUCCACGCCCUGGCUAUCUCUGGAACUGUAUUUCAGAACCUUGCGUUCCAAUAUCUCCAGAGCGCUCUGGCAGGAUACGGAUAUACAGAUGCCCAGCUGCAUGGUGCCAUUGCGGGUACUCAAAGUCAGCUUCUUGCCCAAGCUACCGACGCUGUCAGGGCCCUUGCCCUGGAGGCAAUUGUCAAGGCAAUGAGUCGAGUAUACAUCCUCGUAAUUGUUGCUGGUGGAGUUCUCUUACUAUCAUCCCUUGGAAUGAAGACCGAGAAACUCUUCAUGGAGAUGUCAGCCGGAGGAGCUUAA